AUGUCUAUUGAAUCGGAUAAGUAUUCUUCCAAUUUUUCCAAUGGAAUAUCAAAUAAUUGCAAUUCUGCCUCUCAUCAAUCAAUUCAAUAUCCAGAUGAGCCAUCUGAAGGGAUAAGAGCUUGCAUACUUGGGCGUGAACGCAUUUCUAAAUUAUUUUCAUCUCCAGAUUUUGCUAAAACUAUUGUUGAUUGUUUUGUUCGAGUUGUUGAUCAAAGUAGUAAUGGAGACAUUAAAAAGUAUAAGAUUGCACGUGUUGUCUCUGUUUUGGAUAAUCUUGAUCAUGGAUGUUAUGGUGAAAAUAAAGGGAAAUUGCUACAAUUAGAUGAUAAAACGGAAAUUGAUUUAGAUGUAAUUUCUGAAGAUCAGGCAGAAGAGCUUGAAAUUCAACAAUGGUUAAUGAGUUUGAUAAGAAAGAAUAAGCCAACACCUUCAAUUGAUCAACUUAUAAAUAAAAUUACUGAAAUUUCUUCUGCUCUUUCUUGGCCAUUUUCUCCUGACGAAAGACAAACAGAGCCUGAUUAUCAUUCCAUAAAUGAAGGAAUUAAUUUGGUUGAGAGUAUUAUUGAAUCAGAAGUUACGGAUGUUCAACAUGUUUUAAGUGGUGUUGUUGAAUCUGUAGAAAGUGAGGAAAUUAAUGAAUACCUUAUAGAUCAAGAAAUAACUGAAAAUUUGGAAAUUAGUGAAAUGGCUGCAGAACAGAUUUUUAAUGAACCUGAAGAACCAGACAUUAUAAUACAUGAACCAGACAUUGGAAUGAAUAUUGACAAUAUUCCUAGUGAAUUCAAUCAAAUAUUUGAUAAUAAUGAAGGUGUUCAGCAUUCCGACAAUCAAUCUAACCAGGCUUUUAUUAAUUCUGAUACAUUAAUUGGUGGAUAUCAAACUGAGGAUGGAAGAUUCAAAAUUUGUAUUGCUGAUGAUGAUGGUAUUAUUGGAAGUGUUAUGUCUCCUAAUAAGCAAAGAGCGAAAGAAAAAAAUCCUAUUGAAUAUAUUGAAUAUUUGGAUGAUAUUUUGCCAAUUAUUUUAUCAAAAACAUUUAUUAUACAAACUAUGCACUCCGCUGAAUUUAAUCAGUUGGUUACUGAUUGUUUUGUUUUUGUUAAAUAUGACAAAGAUUCAAAUGAAAAUGAAGGAACGAGUAAAGAAUCGACAAAUAAAGAAGAAUAUAAACUGGCAAAAAUUUGUAAAGUUGAGGAUACUGAAAUUGUUUAUCGUUAUGAAGAUUUAUUUUUCCAAAAAAGAAUUUUAUUGGAUUCUAAUGAUGAUCUCUUUGAAUUGACUUUAAAUAAUGUUUUGGAUCAACAGCCGACAAAUGAAGAAUUUAAAAAAUGGGUUUUGGCUAUAAGUACUAAAGCAAAGAAAUCAAUUAAGGUUAAUAAAAUUGUACCAACUUUACAAUUUGUUAUAUCAAAACAUGUCAAAAUUGAUAGUUGCCGAACAAAUUCUUUGCUUGAGAAAAACCUUAAACUUUAUGAAUUAGCCAAUAAAGAAGCUUCUAUUAUUUACGAAAAACAAAAUAAGAUAACUUCAUAUAAUGAGUUACUUCAAAUUUUCUUGAAGCGUUCAGAAAUUCUUAAAAUUGUUCGCCAUCAAAGUUUUUCAAAAACAAUUAUUGGAACCUUUGUUAGAUUUCUCUAUAAUUUACCUAAUGUUACUAGAAGUGAACAUUCUCAAGCUCAAGACAGUUUAAGAUAUAAGAUUGUGCAAAUUGUCGGUGUUCAUAAAUGUGAAUUUCCAUAUCCUGUUGGACGUUUUUCAGUUGAUAAGGAACUUAAAAUUGAAUGGGAUAGAGUUAUUGUACAUUGUAAAAUUUCUUCAAUUUCUGAUACAAUUCCAACACAAAAAGAGUUUGAUAAUUGGAUGACUGCUAUUGAAAAUAAACAUUCAGAAUCAACAAUACCCUCUAUUCAUUUUCUUAAAUCAAAAAGUGUGGCAAUUAAAAAUGCUCUUGAUUUAGAAAAAGAAGAGCAAAUUAAUGUUCCUAAAACUUCGGAAACAAACAAAAAUGUAAUUAAUUUAUUUUUAAUUUUUAUUGUUAGAAAUAUUUGA